GAUAGCCCCGCUCCGGCCGUCCCGCUUAGGAGCUGGCUCCCGCUGGGCUGUGCGGGCGGGAGUGGGCCCGCUCUCAGGGCUCCGUGCCCGGUACGGCACACUCCGCUGUAGCCCAGGCGGGCUCCGAGAGGCCGGAGGAGCAUGGCCCCGUAGCAGCGAGCGGAGCCAGGAGCCCUGGGACCGGACCGGCCUGGGACGGGACCGGCCUGGCCCGGAACGCGCAGAGCGGAGCUACGUUGCGCGGGGAAGGGUGCGCAGCGGCACCGGCGCCGGUUGAGGGGCGGGCCGCCAUGGCGGUGGACAUCACCUUGCUCUUCAAGGCCAGCGUGAAGACGGUGAAGACCCGCAACAAGGCGCUGGGGGUGGCGGUGGGGGACAGCGCCAGGGACGAGCUGCUCAAGCGGAGCGCCUCUCGCUCCAAGAGCGACUUCACCGGCAGGGCCCGGGAAGUGAUUUCUCAUAUUGGAAAGCUGAAGGAUUUUCUUCUGCAACACAGAAAGGAUUAUAUUAAUGCAUACAGCCAUAUUAUGUCUGAGUAUGUGAGGAUGACAGACACAGAACGUGACCAGAUAGAUCAAGAUGCUCAGGUAUUUAUGAGGACAUGUGCCGAUGCCAUUCAUCAGCUGAGAACAGAAGCACACAAAGGUGUCCAGUCUGCUCAGGUAAAGGAGCACAGAACAGCUGUCUUGGACUUCAUUGAAGACUACUUAAAAAGAGUGUGUAAGCUGUAUUCUGAACAAAGAGCCAUCCGAGUUAAGCGAGUGAUAGAUAAGAAGAGACUAUCCAGGCUUGAACCCGAGCCGAGCAGUGUGUCCAAAUCACCUCUUUCCCCUGAAAAGUCUUCGCAGAAUCCUUUAGAUGAUUCAGAAGAAAAGCUUUCUGCUGAGGAAAGCAAAGACAGGAAUCUGCCUGAUGCCCAAAGUAACUUUGGAUUAUGGGGGGAUGGCAAAGGUGAAGAUGAGCUGUCACCUGAAGAAAUACAAAUGUUCGAACAGGAGAAUCAGCGACUCGUUGGUGAAAUGAACAACCUCUUUGAUGAAGUCAGACAAAUUGAAGGAAAAGUGGUGGAAAUCUCCAGAUUGCAGGAGAUAUUCACUGAAAAAGUCUUGCAACAGGAAACUGACAUUGACAAUAUCCAUCAAUUAGUUGUGGGUGCAACAGAGAAUAUCAAAGAAGGCAAUGAAGACAUACGAGAGGCCAUCAAAAACAAUGCUGGAUUUCGAGUAUGGAUUCUAUUCUUCCUUGUGAUGUGUUCAUUUUCCUUGCUUUUCCUGGACUGGUAUGAUAAUUAAAAAUACAGUGCUGUCUCCAUCCUUUACUUGUAGCACUUUGGACACUGGUUUCAGCAGAAUGGGGUACAUGGCACACCUGCCUUUUCUCCGAAGUUUUUCAUACUGCUAUGAUGGGAAUAUCUUCCAGUAAAUAAACAUGUGUAUAUAUCCAUUAGUGCAGAGGCAGCUGAUAGCAUUCAUUUUAAAUCCCUUUAUCGAACAUUAAACCACACUUAAUCCUGCAAAGAACAGGGAAACCUUUGAAGGAGCUGAUAAGGAAGCUUCAAGCAGGAGCACAGCUAAGAGGAGAAAAUAAACCGAUGAUGGUUUUAUCAUAAUCACCCACACAUCUGUGAUGGUUGGAGUUCAGCUCCCUGUGAGCAGAUCAGAGCAAGAGAAAACUGGUACCGGGCAAAAGCAUCUACGCUGUCUCAGGCUUUUAUUUAAUCACACCACUGCAGUACAUAGUGAUCACUUUGCACAUGUUAUGACCUCAACUCCCCAUCCUCUGAAACUACUUGAGUCAGAGAGCAGGCUGAUUUAAUAGUAAUAAUAAUGGUUAAGAAGUCAACUAAAGAGCUUUACUUCUAGGUGAAAAGAGAAGAGUACAACACAAACAGAUUCUGCAGUGAAACAGAUGUGUUGGGGUGUUGGAACAAAGCCCAAGGAGCCAACUUUAAAGCAAAACAAUUCAAAGUACUAAAAUUGGCAGCAAUUUGUUAACCAAGAUUAAAAAAGUUCCAAAACCAACUGUAGACAAGAAUCAAUAAACUCCCUCCUGUUAAAUCAAAGGGAAACUGGGUUAGACUUCACACAGCAUAAGCAGUCUUUCUGUCCUAGAUUCUAAAGCUGAGCCAUUUUUAAUGUUUAUUGUUAUCUGAGAGAGAAAUAAGUUGUUUCUCAUCAGUAUUUACUUGUGCAUUAAAGUUUUUAUUGUACCAAAUUUAAGGGGGGGAGGAGAUGUCUCAAUAAUCACUUUGAUGUAGGAGGGUGCUGGGAAACAGAUCUUUCUAUCCUGUAAAAUCUCAAUAGCCUCUGUAAAUACACUGAUAUGAAAUGUAUGGUUUGCUAUUUCUCUCCUGAAAUGUCUGUUUCUAGAUGUUGUAUGCAACAAGCAGCAGCAUCCUUAUUCCUUACUCUGCAGAGUGAAAAUGUCAGAAGUUACCCAUGAAUACAUUUGAUACAGCAUCUGCCUGUUGCAAAAUGCAGACACUGUGUGUUUUGAAUUUCUUAACAUAAGACUGAAGUUUUUAAAUGUAAAGAAAAAUUUGGCACAUAAUUUAUUGCUUUUUAUGACUUAAUAAAAAGCCUUUUACACA